AUGAGGGGCCAUAAGACUGCUGGCGGCAACGCCGCUUUCCACAAUUUCCACAACGACUUUGUUCACAUCGAAGACCCGAAUGAACGUCGUCGCCUGGCGCUGGCUGAGAUUGACAAGGCUCCUUUUGGAUGGUACCAUGUCCGCGCCAUUGCCGUUGCUGGUAUUGGAUUCUUCACCGAUGCCUAUGACAUCUUCGCCAUUGGCUUGGUGACCAGCAUGUUGGGUGUUGUGUAUUGGCACAACGCUCACACUUCGCCUGGUCAUAUUCCCACUACCGCAGACACUGCCAUCAAGGUUGCAACCUCUGGUGGAACGGUCAUUGGACAGGUCGCCUUUGGAUGGCUCGCCGAUGUGGUUGGCCGCAAGAAGAUGUACGGCUUGGAGCUCUUGCUCAUCAUCUUCGCUACCCUGGCUCAGGCUCUCUCCUCGGCGUCCCCUGCCAUGUCCAUUGUCGGUCUGAUCAUUUUCUGGCGUGUUAUUAUGGGUAUCGGUAUCGGAGGAGACUAUCCUCUUUCCUCAAUCAUUACAUCCGAAUUCGCGACGACCAAAUGGCGUGGUGCCAUGAUGGGCGCCGUCUUCGCCAUGCAGGGACUUGGUCAAUUUGCUGCCGCCAUGAUCGCCUUGAUUGUCACUUCUGGCUUCAAGGAGUCCCUUAUGACCGCUUCUGGUGCUGGAAAGUGCGAUGGAGUCUGCGGUCUUGCCGUUGAUAAGAUGUGGCGUGUCAUUAUCGGCUUCGGUGCCGUCCCCGGCUGCAUUGCCCUCUACUACCGUCUUACCAUCCCCGAGACUCCCCGCUACACUUUCGACGUUGCUCGCGAUGUGAUCAAGGCUGGCUCAGACACCCAGGCAUACAUUGAGGGCAAGCACCAGGGCCACCCCGAUGAGGUCACCCGGGUUGAGACGAUGCGUGUCACUUCUGACCGUCUCGAUCCUCCCAAGGCCGGCUGGGCCGAUUUCUGGCACCACUAUAGCCAGUGGAAGUAUGGAAAGAUUCUUCUCGGUACUGCUGGCUCGUGGUUCUUCCUUGAUGUCGCUUUCUACGGAUUGAGCUUGAACAAUUCCACCAUCUUGAGUGCCAUCGGCUACACCGGCGGCAAGAACAUGUACGAGGUCUUCUACAACACUGCCGUCGGUAACCUUAUCAUUGUCUGCGCUGGCGCCAUCCCCGGAUACUGGUUUACCGUCGCUACCGUCGACACUAUUGGUCGUAAGCCCAUUCAAGUGGUCGGCUUCAUCAUCCUCACCAUUCUCUUCAUCAUCAUUGGCUUUGCCUACCACAAGCUCCACGAGGGCGGUCUGCUUGCCCUCUACGUUAUUGCUCAGUUCUUCUUCAACUUUGGUCCCAACGCCACCACUUUCAUCGUUCCCGGUGAAUGCUUCCCUACCCGCUACCGAUCCACUUCGCACGGUCUCUCCGCUGCUUCCGGCAAGGUUGGCGCCAUUGUUGCCCAGGUCGUCAUUGGUCCGCUCCGCCAAAAGGGCGCGCCCAAGGGCUCGACCGCCUCGCCAUGGCUCAACCACGUCAUGCAGAUCUAUGCCCUCUUCAUGCUCUGCGGUGUCUUCACUUCCCUCUUGAUCCCUGAGACCAAGCGCAAGACGCUGGAGGAACUCGCUGGCGAAGUCCCUGGCACCCCCAACUACGAUCCUGUCAUGGCUGGCCACGUCCACCAGGACCUCGUCGCCCAGGAGAACAUUCCCGCCGAAAAGAGCGUUUAA